UUUUACAUGGAUCAUGAUUAAAUUUUUAUAAUAUUAUACACUGUUUAUGUAGAUAUUUAAGAUGAGAUUGAUAUGGAAAUAAAAUUUGUUAGAAAUUGUUUAGAAACCUGCCCUCCUUCUUUUGUUUCAAUAUUUAUAAUCGCAAGAACGAUGGACACGGUUAUUCAAUGUUUCCAACUUUUGAUACCGUAUUAUUACUCAUUAUUGCUUCCUAGAAUGGAAGUCGAUCCACCGCCGGUGUAUCACCGCGAGCCACUCGAAUUUAAAAGUUUUAACAAGUUCGAAACUUGUACGAAAAGUUUCCAGCAACAAUACUGUAGUAUUUAUACCGCAAGAUUAAAAGUACUGAGAAAUUCUCUCGUGCAGAAAGCGAAGAUUAAAUGGGCGAACAUCGAAGUAAUCACGUUGUCAGAACUUUCCGAGAGGGCCGAAGCUAAUACUUGCACUAUAAUAGGAACACUGUACAAACAUCAGGAAUUAAAACCUUCUAUACUACGCGAGCUCAGCGAGGAACUCCAACUGGUAACUCAACCGGCUAGAGCGAAUUAUGCAUCGUUCAAAGAUCUAUUGUAUUUGGAAGAUGAAAGUUUACGUGUUAAAUUGGUCGGGAAUCUCAUGGACAUUCAGGAUAUUGUGACUGGCUGUGUUUGUGCUGUCCUCGGUCAUGAAUUAGAAGACGGUUCAUUCUCGGUGACAGACUGGUGCUUUCCAGGAUGCUGCCCAAAGUUAUCCACGUUUAAUCAUUCAGAAAGAAAGGGAAAAGUUUUGAUAAUCUCAGGUUUAGAUUUAGCGAACAAUGCACAACUGUUAAGUUUAAAUCUUUUAUCUGAAUGGAUAACUGGAAUGGUUGGUUCCAAAGAGGUUCAAGAUGAGAUUGCAUCUACUCUGUGUGUUAUUAUAGCAGGAAACAGUGUGAGAGGAUCCGUAGAGACUUACGAUCAUGCAACGUAUUUCGAAAGGAAGGCUCACGAUGAAGCGAUAUUCAAAAAGACUGCGCUGGUAACACGCAAGUUAGAUGAUUUCCUUCUUUCUAUCGUGCAAUACUGUCCCGUAAUAUUGAUGCCUGGGGAGUUCGAUCCGAGUUGUCACACGUUGCCUCAACAAGCUUUUCAUCCAUGCAUUUUACCUCAGUGUUCUAGAUUCAAAGAUUUUCACGGAGUCACGAAUCCAUGGGUCGGUAUUAUCAAUUCUCGUAUCGUAGCCGGGUCCAGCGGUCAACCCAUCAAAGAUAUCAUGAAAGUCGCUGGCCUCGCCGAUUUCUCACCUCUAACAUGGUUGGAACGUACACUGCUUUGGCGGCAUUACGCGCCGACUGCACCAGAUACCUUACCCGCUUACCCAUUCCCGGAGAUCGACCCAUUCAUCAUAACGGAAUGCCCGGACAUAUACUUUGCUGCUAACAUGGAUAAAUACGACACCGGAUUACUCACAGCGGACGAUGGUCAGGUGGUGAGAUUGAUUUGCGUUCCAAAGUUCUCUGAGACUCAAACUGGUGUACUAGUCGAUUUGCACGAUUUAAAGACAGUACCUCUUUCUUUCACCGUUGCCUAGUUAUUCAUACGUUUUAGAAUGUUGACAUGAAACAAUAAUGUAAAAGAGAAUAUUUGUUGGUCGUUCAUACAAUUUGUACAUACUAGUAAAUAUAUUAUUUAUUCUUACAA